CUGACACCCAAAAGUUCAGAAGUGGGAUACAAUAAGGCUCUAGAAAACUACCCUUACUACGUCCACGGCUCGAAAAAGCUUUCAGUUACGCUCAACUGUGACAUGGAGGACGACACUAGCCGAGGGGAAGGGUCUAGUGCUCGUCUAGUAAGAGGAAGUGGCUCAAUGAUAAAAGGAGCCCAUGUGCUUAGUCGAGGGGAAGGACUAACACAUGGGAGUGACCAAGGAGCGUCCGAGGUUGAGGAUGUAGGUCAACAGGAAAGGAUUAGGAGGAUGAGCUCGAGGAUAGAGCAACCGGUACCAUUGGAUAAAAUGGACAAGGAUACAAUGAUUCGUAGAGGACGGUCGCAUGGAAGGCGAUCGAGUGGACGACGAUCGCGUGGACAGCGAUCGAGCGGACAACGAUCAAGCGGCUCUGACGACAAGGACGAAUACGAAAGGCGGAGACGGAAAAGGACAAGGACAGGACAGAGGAGACGGCGUGCGUCUUCCUCUUCAGGAUCUGAUAUGGGGUCACCGCGGCUUCCAUGCAAGGUUAAGCGUGGUAAGGAGGACAACGGAUCGGAUACGAAGGUAUUAUUAGAUAAGUUCUUGAACAUUCUUGACAAAAUGAAAGGUUCAGAUAGGCCCAAACUUACGUUCAACACAAAUGUUAUUCCCGAAUUCGACCCAAUGGUAAAGGAACAAACCAUUCUUACUUGGCUAACGAAAGUGGAAGAAUGUGCUCACAUAUAUGGGUGGGAAGACAGGGAAAUUAUCCACUAUUCGUUACCCAAGCUUUCUGGUGUCGCUAAAACGUGGUAUCAAGGCUUAUCUAGCCUAUUAUUUACCUGGACUGAGUGGAAAAAAAAACUGAUAGAAUCUUUUCCCCAAAGCGAGGACUAUGCUGAAUUAUUGCAUAAUAUGCUAGCAAAAACCGUUAAAUACGGUGAGUCGCUAGAACACUACUAUUAUGCUAAAAUAAACUUGUUAAAUCGUUGCAAAAUUUAUGGCAAGGAAGCGGUAGACUGUUUGCUCUAUGGGGUUGAAGAUCGUGCCGUUAAAGUUGGUGCUCAGGCCGCUCAAUUUAAGCAACCUGAGCAAGUACUCAAAUAUUUUAGGACCGUGAAGGUAGGCAAAGUCCGCGACUCCAGUAACGAUGCCAACCUGAAAAAAACAAAUCAGUCUGGCACAAGCCGGGCGGGCCCUAGUAAUAACGGAAUCCGUUGCUUCAAUUGCAGCGAAAUAGGUCAUCCUAGCUUUAAAUGUUCAAAACCUUUCGUGAAGUGUACGACCUGCGGGAGGAUUGGUCAUCAGGCGAUUAACUGUUUUAAAAGUAAAACUCCGUUUAAUAAAGACGAUAGUCAGGCCUUAGAUAAAAAUAAUGUACAAAAACAAGUAUCUAAUGUAACUGUCGAUGAUCACGCUAUUGAUAAGUAUAUACUGGAUAUUAAGAUUAACAACUCGGGGGUCAAGUGUCAUGUAGAUUUGGGGAGUCAAUGCUCGUUAAUUAGACAUAGUACCGCUAAGGAUUUGAACCUGAAUAUCGAUGUGAGGGAAGGUAUGCCAGUAUUAAAGGGAAUAGGGGGGAACCUGACUUGCCCUUUAGGUGUAGCUACUGUGAAUGUAGAAGUUCAAGGGUUAAAAGAAACCAUUGAAAUAUAUGUAGUGGAAGAUUAUGUACUGAGUUACUCUGCGUUACUUGGACAUUCCUUUACAGAAAAGCCUGAUAUUAUAAUGACUAAGACUCCGACUGAGAGCGUAUUUCAAAGACUCACGUGUAAUAAAAUAAGACUCGUAGUGGAAAAUGAUACGGAAAUAGAUGGUAACGUUGUACGUCCCAUAAUUGUUAAUGCUAAUGGGCAGGCAAACUGUAGCAUCUACGUCCAUGGCUCGUUAAGGGGUACUGAAGGAAAAGAGUACUAUCUUUUUCCCGGUACGUACGAGAUAAAAGACAACCGCACAGCGCUCUUAGCUUAUAACGCCUCUUCAAACAAGGUUUGUAUAAAGAAGGACACUCUCUUAACACGAUCCAUGCUUAAUACGCAUCCAACACCGUUUCUCCAAUCUUGUAGCGUUUUUGCCGAUAAGGGACUGGACGGAGAGAUCAGUUGCAAUCCUGAGUUAACAAAACAGCAACGUGAAGAACUACAAAAGGUAUUACUUCAGUAUAGCGAUUGCUUCUCAAGUGGGCUCAAGGACCUUGGGUUUACCAACAUCACCGAGAUGGUGAUCGACCUUGACGACGCGGAGCCAGUCGUGUAUCGCCCAUACCGUAUGUCACAUGCUGAGCGACAAUUGGUAAGAGACAUGGUUAAGGAGAUGGUAGAUAAUGGUAUAGCUAGGGAGUCAUCUUCAUCAUAUGCCAGUCCUAUAGUUCUGGUACAAAAAAGGAGUGGUGAGAAACGAUUGUGUGUGGACUAUAGAGCUCUUAAUAGAAAGACCAAGAAAGAACACUACCCCCUACCAAGAAUCGAGGAUCAGUUGGACUUGUUAUCAGGUAACACCUUAUUUACGUCUUUGGAUCUCGCUUCAGGGUAUUAUCAAAUACCGGUCGCCGAGGCCUCUCGUAGUAAGACUGCCUUUGUAACACCUGAUGGGCAGUAUGAAUACAACCGCAUGCCUUUUGGAUUAGUUAACGCACCAUCUGUGUUCCAAAGGACAAUCCAUAAAAUAUUAAAGGAGGCCCAAAUUAAAUAUGCUAUUGUCUACAUGGAUGACAUACUGAUACCAUCCAAGGAUUUUAGGGAAGGCAUCCAAAGACUAGGCGAGGUUCUACAACUUCUGAGGAAAGGCGGACUCACACUGAAAUUAAGUAAGUGCCAUUUCUUUUUGAAUGUUAUAGACUUUCUAGGGUUUGAGGUAAGUGCUAAUGGGAUCCGCCCAGGUAGUAAAAAAACUGAAGCCGUCUCGAAAUUCCCAACACCUACCAAUCAGCAUGAAUUGCGCCAAUUUCUGGGUCUGUCUGGUUUCUUCAGGCGUUUCAUAAAGGGAUAUGCCACGAUAACUGCACCAUUGACGGAUCUACUGAAGAAAGACGCUAACUGGAGUUGGAAACCCGAACAGGAUCAGGCAUUCACAGGCAUUAAAUGCGCUCUGGUGGAGCGACCGGUGCUGGCUCUAUACGACCCUAAGUCCGAAACCGAGCUACACACCGACGCUUGCAAAGAAGGCCUAGCAGGUAUUUUACUGCAGCGUAACUGCAAUGGCGCGUUGCAACCAGUUUCCUACUUCAGCAGGAAAACUACCGCUGACGAACGCAAGUUUCAUUCGUACGAGCUUGAAACUUUGGCGGUUAUUGCAUCGCUCAAUCGAUUUAGGGUUUAUUUGGUUGGAAUACCAUUUAAAAUCUUGACAGAUUGCAAUGCACUCAGGUCCACUCUAACUAAACGUGACUUGAUACCUCGUAUAGCUAGGUGGUGGGUCCAGCUUCAGGAGUACGACUGUACAAUCGAGUACCGGCCUGGUGCUCGCAUGGCACACGCGGAUGCCCUGAGCAGAAACCCAGUGAAUUCUCCUUCAGGUAAUACACAUGUACUAGACAUUUUACAAAUACAGCAAGUUGAACAGGACUGGAUUGCGACGGUACAAACUGCAGAUGACGAGGUAAAUAAAAUCAAAAGCAUCCUUUCCGACCCAUCAUCGGCGGAGGUAUCUGACGUACACAAAAACUACAGACUGAAGAACGGUCGUGUUUACCGCGUGGUAGGUGACGAGAUAAAAUGGUUGGUACCCAAAAGUGUGCGCUGGCAAAUUUUAAAAAUGAACCAUGACGACGUUGGCCAUUGUGGUUUCGAAAGAACGCUACAGCGAAUCCGAGGCCAUUAUUGGUUCGCAAAAAUGCGGCGUUUCGUCCAAAAGUAUGUUACCUCCUGCCUUGAGUGCGCGUACCACAAAGUUCCAGGAGGUAAACGAGAAGGAGAGCUCCACCCAAUCGAAAAGGUGAGUGUGCCGUUCCAUACAGUCCACGCAGACCAUUUGGGACCGUUUGUUAAAAGCAAGAAAGGCAAUUGUUAUUUGUUGGCCCUAGUUGACGGGUUUACAAAAUUCGUUAAUAUAACCCCGGUAAGGAACACCAAAUCUAGUACGACCGUGCGAGUUCUAAAAGACCAUGUAAGUUAUUUUGGUGUCCCUACUCGUCUCAUUACAGACAAAGGUACAAGUUUCACCAGUAAGGUAUUUCGGGAUUUUACGACCUCUUACGGGAUCAAACAUAUUAUAAACGCCGUAGCAACGCCUCGAGUAAACGGGCAAGUAGAAAGGUUCAAUAGAACGAUUUUAGAUGCUCUAUCGACAGCCAGUCACGGCGGCGACGACAAGUCGUGGGACAACCACAUCGCUGACAUACAGGUUGGUAUGAACACAGCUCGACAUAAAACUACCCAAAAGAGCCCUUCUGAGCUACUAUUCGGGUUCAACAUAAUUAGUAGAACAGAAGGCAUACUUAGUACGGUAAUCAAUGACACCCUAAAUAGGACUCCCAUUGAGGAUUUGGCAGAAGUCAGACAACAGGCUAGUGAAAAAAUAAAACACCAACAAGUUAAAGAUGCAGCCAAUUUUAAUAAGCAUAGGAAACCAGCAAGGCAGUACCAAAAAGGGGAUUUAGUACGCUUAGCAAGGCAGGUUCCGCACGACGGAAAGUCUCAAAAGCUUUCUGUUAAGUACCAAGGCCCUUAUCGUAUACUAAAGGUCCUUCCCAAUGAUAGGUUCGUGGUAGAGGAUACACCAAUGACCCGCAAAAACGGUAGAAGGUAUGAGGCUGUUGUAUCUAUUGAUAAGGUUCAGCCUUGGAUGUCGUUUAGUAGAGAAUCAGAGUCGGAUGAAUCUAGUAAUAGCGGUGGUGACAGUGAUUAG